GGCCCCUGCUCAGCGAUUGGAGGAAACCCCGUGGAUCGGUUAGAGCUUUGAGCGCUCGGAAGAGACUGGACUCUCCCAGCGGCAGUGCCUGAGAGACGCGCAUUCGCCCAGCCCGGGGACCCGACAACCGCCCGCUGCAGCUCCCCUCUCUGACACAGAAACUUUAGCCAUGGAUAAAUCCGAGCUGGUACAGAAGGCCAAAUUGUCUGAGCAGGCAGAGAGGUACGAUGACAUGGCCGCCUGCAUGAAGCGAGUGACGGAAGAAGGAACUGAACUGUCCAACGAGGAGAGGAAUCUUCUAUCAGUCGCCUACAAAAAUGUAGUGGGUGCACGCCGGUCGUCCUGGAGGGUCAUCUCCAGUAUUGAGCAGAAGACAGAAGGGAGCGAAAAAAAGCAGCAGAUGGCUCGAGAGUACCGGGAGAAGAUCGAGACAGAGCUGAGAGAUAUCUGUAAUGAUGUUCUGUGUCUUCUGGAAAAGCACUUGGUUCCCAAGGCAUCACAAGCAGAAAGCAAAGUUUUCUACUUGAAAAUGAAGGGAGACUAUUACCGUUACCUGGCUGAAGUAGCUAGCGGAGAAGACAAGAAAACCAUCGUGGAGCAGUCCCAGCAGGCGUAUCAAGAUGCCUUUGACAUCAGCAAAUUGGAGAUGCAGCCAACGCAUCCCAUCCGGCUCGGACUGGCUCUCAACUUCUCAGUGUUCUUCUACGAGAUCCUAAACUCCCCAGAAAGAGCCUGUUCUCUGGCGAAAACGGCUUUUGAUGAAGCUAUUGCUGAGCUCGAUACUCUGAGUGAAGAAUCAUACAAAGAUAGCACAUUAAUAAUGCAAUUACUCCGAGACAACUUGACAUUGUGGACAUCAGACACUCAAGGAGAUGAAGCUGAGCAAGGAGAAUGCGGCGGAGAGAAUUAAUCAGCCUUCCUUUCCUGUCUGCCUCAUUCUAAAAAAAAAAAAAAAAAUGACACAAUAGACCAUUGUCAUCCUUACUGUCCCACAAAUAGGUUUAUUAUUUUUUAUUUUUUUUGUUUACAAUUAUUAAAGGUUUAUGUUACUUCUAUUUGGAUUUCUAUAUUUCCCAUGUGGUUUUGUGUUUAAUAGGGAGUAGGGCCAGUUAACAUUUGGGGGCUUAUCAUAUAUAUUUUUCCCUUUUCCCCACUUCCUAAGGUAACCAACAUGGGGAAUACAAAAUUUUUUAUACAUAUUUUAAAUGUGUUGGCAGAGUACUUCAGGUACAUUGCGGGUUACCCCAGGGCCCCCCCCCCCUUCUAAUUCCCCAUAUUCAAGCAUCAUGAACUGCUUGCAUAUUGGUCUGUGUAACGACGAGUAAGGGACGUUUGGUUUGCGCUGUAGGCGGAGACUCUAAAUUUCCUUAGCACAUUGCUAGAGGGCAGUGCUGUAGUCCGCAAUCAGAUCCCCCGCUCCCCCCUCUCUGUGCCUAAACAUACUUCCUUAGUGAAUGGUCCCUUGCAAUAGCCAGUCAAAAUCCUGAGCAAAAAUUAAAAAAGAAAAGAAAAAAAAAACGGUUCACAUUCCAUUCUCCUUACGGUCGGCUAGCGUUUGCUUUUUGUUUUGUCGCUAUUCUCCAUUUUAUUUGUAUUUAAAUUGUUUCGACAACCUAAGAACAAAAAAAGAGAGAGAAGCACUUGAUGCAUUAAAGAUGUACAUGCUUGGUAUUCCAUAAUUUCACUAUAUAUCAAGCACAGCAGAAAAGAAACAAAACAUAUAUUUAACUUUUAGUUUUAUUUUUGUUUUUGAUACUUGCCUAACAUGCAUGUGGCUGUAAAAAAUUACAAUACAAAAUAGUUACCAGGGGAAUAACUUGAGAUGAUGGCUAGCUUUGUUUAAUGUCUUAUGAAAAUUUUCAUGAACAAUCCAAGCAUAAUUGUUAAAGAACAUGUGUAAUAAGUUGAUGUAAGUGGAAUAAAAGUUUUAUGAAUGGA